AUGCUAAGUCCCAUGGCCUCUAAUUCAUUCACGCGUGCGCUGUGGUGGGCAUUGCCAUUUCUGCUAUUGGUUGCGGUGCUAUCUUGUGCCACCGUAUUCCCAGAUAUUCUUGAGGGUCUCGGCAUCGGCGCACUCAUGCAAUGUGUGAGCUCAGAAAGCACCCGGAAUGCUGUGUUUCCUUGUCGAAGACCUAUUCGACAUGCUGUUGUGCAGGAGACAUGGUGGUUGCCAAAAGCUUCGACUAGAAUCAACGACUUGAUGGCGGAGGAUGGACCAUUGUUGCCAUACCUCCUCCUCGUCAUGCAACUCUAUACCUCAACGGUGGAAAAGUCAGCGCCGAAGUCUGCUUGGUGGUGCCCUUGGUGGUGUGUUGUCGUAGUCUGUUGGGCUGCCAUGACAGCAGUGCGCAUGGUCAUAUUUCUUGGCGUGCAUCCUUUCAAUUUCUAUUUCUCUGACCACAUCUUUCUGCUCAACAGCAUGAUGGCUCAGAUUCAGAUGUCCCUUGCUAUGACCAUCUAUAGGAGGGAAUCAUGUCCGGGACCAGAAUGCUGGUACUUCUUGGAAGUGACUUUAGCAUGGGCCUUGGUGUUUCUGACACUUGUUGAAGCAUUCAUGACCGCCUGGCUCUACCAUACCUGUUUUGCCAGUUGGCUAGCCUUGCUGGUCUCAACCAUUAUCUUUCAGUCCACAGCAUGUAUCUUCAGGUGCCUGCUCCGCUGUGCCCCGAUCGACGAGAAACGAAGCAAGUUGAUAAAUGGUGAUUCCCGCCGCGAGCGUGGAAGCAGAGUCUGA